AUGUUGAAGCUCAAUGAUACAAUUAGUAUUGAAAUUCGUGUAGAUCAACUUAUUGAACCUUUACUCGAACAUGGUUUUCGAGCAGAUAAAGUUGCACAUCUUCUUAUUUUAAUUGACGAAGUUCCACUUCGUGGUCUUGAUUUUAGUGAUUCGAAUCGAAAAAAUCCUGAACAUUCAGCAUUAUUAGAGCAAAUUAAAAUUCUUUUUCAAGGAGUCUACGAUAGUCCAAAGUUACUUGAAGCUGCUAAAAAAUUAGACGAUCAUGUUGAAGAUUAUCAUCAUAAUAGAAUUAAUAAACUUGCCAAUCAAAUCCUCAAUCCAAUUUCGAAGCAAGAUAUUAAAGAUUCACGAGAAACUCUAUUUUCCAAACGACUAGCAGCUUAUCAAAGACUUGCUCGACUCAAUUAUGCUAUUGCGUGUUUAUUGGCUGGUGUUCGCUAG